CGUGCCCUUUUGUCUGGGGGAUCAUUGCAUCGCAAUCAUUUGUUUGCAAGUACUUUAUCUUCACAACACCCAUGUCUUCCGAUGUUCCGAAAAAUUUUGAGGACCGAUUACGACAGCGCACUUUUACUACUAGGAACACGAACACACUCGAAACUAUACCCGUGAACCAUCAACCUCAUGAAAAUAUCCCGAAUACGCCGCUUGCAGCAUCCACGAUAUCUUUUCUCUUAGGAUGCAUCUUUUCUCUUGGUUUGACGCUCUUUCUUGUUGGAGGCAUCUCUGAUCGCUGGUGGGCCACAUACCAACUGGGCUUCUUCCUUGCCGCCUGGUCUGGCUUCCACUGGGGAGAAUUCGCGGUUACAGCAGGCUGGAACCGUGACAAAUGCAGCGUUGACUCGUUCCUACUUGAUAAUGGCGCUAUGUAUCACGUCGCUAACGGGACUGCUCUGGUUGAAUAUCUAAUCACAUUGUACUUUAAACCAUCGCUCAAGGCUUACCACUACAUCUCAACAAUUGGUGUAGUUAUGGCUGUCAUCGGACAGGCGCUUCGUGCAUCGGCAAUGAUACAGGCUUCGACCAACUUUUCUCAUAUCGUAGCUCUCCGCAAGCUGCCUUCGCACCGAUUAGUAACUGAUGGCGUAUACUCGAUGUUCCGCCAUCCAUCAUACGCAGGGUUUUUCUAUUGGGCGUUAGGGACCCAGUUGGUCUUACAAAACCCUGUCAGCUCAAUCGGCUUCGUGCUGGUGUUGUGGAGAUUUUUCUCGCGUCGUAUCAAAGUUGAAGAGACGGCAUUGGUUAAUUUCUUUGGAGAGGAAUAUGAAAACUAUAGGCGACGGGUCAGCACUAACAUUCCAUUCAUACGAUAGACUUGGGGGCAUUGAAUCAAAUAUAUUUUGGUUUGACGACUGGGGCCAAUAUCUUCAGGGUGUGUUCCUAUGCCAUAGAAUAUAUGGGUAGAGUAGUUCAUGGAGAGGAUACAUUAAUACCAUCCAGAUUCUCGUGUAGUUUGGAGUAGUUUGAAGAAAUCAAAGUUAUGAUUUGUACCCUGCUGGUGGGACUUCGACUUUCACAGACGU